AGAGAGAGAGAGAGAGAGAGAGAGAGAGAGAAAUGGACCGAGAGUGCAUCACACGAGGCGUCAGGAGGAGAUGAAUAGAUGUACCCCACCUACCCAACGGACCCAUGGACCUUUUUGAUCCAUCACCCCUGCAGCGAUUGGCUCUCCUGGUGUUUGUGGCAGGGCCUGGCGUCGGGACUGAGCUGCUCUGCCUUGUGGUACCAAGUGGAGGCGGAGAGACAGGGCGGGGCUGUGACCUGGAUCCAGCGCAGGCGGUUCUGUCAGAGGCACUACGUUGACCUGGCUGUCCUAAGCACCCAGGACCAGUACCAGUUCCUUCUGCAGACCAUGGCUGGUGAGAGGGACACCUUCUGGCUGGGUCUGCAGCCCCACACUGCCCCUGGUGGCUGGGGGUGGAAGUGGGUGGAUGGCCAGGGGCUGAGCUAUGAUCGCUGGUACAUAAAGAGUCCCGGACCUGGACUCUGUGGUUGUCUGGAGAGCAGCCUCAAAGGCGAGAAUAAACUGCUGGCGAGAUCCUGUGGCGAGACCGUGGAGCGACAUGGUUUCAUCUGCCAAGGCGCUGUACCCCCUGAGCGGCUAAAGGCGGAGUCUGAAGGGACUGAUCAUGUGACUGUGCAUUGGGACACGCCCCCUCUGAUGCAGACAGCUGAUCAUAGCUACAGAAUCACCACAUGUAGCUUCCAGCCUCACCCUCAUCUUUCUCUCCUCCACCCUUCUCUCCCUCCUCGCCACACCCCUCCUCUUUUCCUCUGUCCUUCCCGCCACCUCCCUCACCCCACCACCUCGUGUUGCCUACUCCACCUCCCCCGCUCCAACAGCUCCACCUCCCACUCCACCCGGAUCUCUGGCCUAACCCCGGGAACCCAGUACACCGUCAGCGUUGCCACAGUGAUCACUCGCCCAGAUCCUGUCACCGGUGACGACGUCACCACCGACAGUGACCCAGUCACGGUGACCGUCACAACAAUAGGUCUCUUCUCUCCACUAGGGGGCGAUGGUGGGCAGCAGCUGGUUGCCACGGUACUGAGUGUGGUUAAAUUCAUCUAUCUGGCUGUCUUGCUCUGCUUGCUUUACCUCAUCCUGAAGAGAAAUGCUGUCCAGGCUCCUGAACCUGAUCUGGAAUCAGUAGAACUCCCUACUGAAGAAGAAUACAUUUUAGACAUGAUUAAAACUGGUCCUAGAUCCGUUGAAUUCCCUUCUGGAGAAUGCAUUGUUGAGCUGCCACCUGAAGAAUAAUGUAUUGUCUGACUAAAACUGGUCCUAGAUCAGUGGUGCCCCCUCCUGGAGAAUGCAUUGUUGAGCUGCCACCUGAAGAAUACUGCAUUGUCUGACUAGAACUGGUCCUAGAUCAGUGGUGCCCCCUCCUGGAGAAUGCAUUGUUAAACUGCCACCUGACUAGAACUGGUCCUAGAUCAGAAAACAGCAGCUCUACCUGGCAAA